AUGACUCAGCGUAACCUCGGGUACUCAUUCCCCUCCUCUCCACAAGAUGAAUGCCAACGUGGACUUGACAUUCAACUUAUCAACUCACGAGGCACUAUUGGUCUCUCUUUUACGGCACUACAUCUACGCUUUUCAAAUGCCAACCUGAGACUAUUCGAUGUUCGCAACGAUUUGCAGCAACACAUCGAGAGCCUCUUACCAGUGUACCUAGAGUCAACUAAGAAAGAAGGAAACAGCACCGAACUAUCUGUCCAACAACUGAUCUCUGAUGGUCGAGUUGUGGUAUGUUCUUCCUUGGAAGAUACUUGCUCCAACGCAACAAUAGUUCAAGAACAAGGACCCGACAGCGUCGACUUCAAGAAAUCGACUUGGGCUCAAGUUAUUGAAUUCGCUCCUUCUAAUGCACAUCUAUGGAGCUCGACUUCUGGCAUACAGGCUUCGAAACAGGUGGAAAACCUUGAAGAUAAGUCAAGGCUACUCGUUGUUCAUCCUUUUAAUCCACCUCAUAUCAUGCCACUCAUCGAAGUCGUACCUUCACCACAUACGGCACCUGAAAGAACACAGUUUGUAAUCGACUAUUUCAAAAACCUAGGUUCUGGUCAUCGUCCUGUAAGAAUCAACAAGGAAACUCAAGGAUUUGUCGGCAACCGUCUGGCCUUUGCUCUUUUCCGCGAGGCAUGUCACUUGGUUUCCGAAGACGUUGUGUCUGUCCAAGAUUUGGAUACUAUUGUCGAAGCCAGUAUAGCGCCGCGAUGGGCUGUAGCUGGCCCAUUCAACACUUACAACAGUGCAGGUGGAACAGGCGGUAUUGCGGCAUUUUUACACAAUUUGGCUGAUACUAUGGAAGCAUGCUGGGAUGACGGAGGUAAAGUCAGUCUCAAGGGAACCUCUGUUACCAAGUCCGGUAAUGAUGGGGACGAGAAGGAGGAUUGGACAGAUAAGAUUUCAAAGGAAACAGAAGAGGUUUAUGGAAGACCGUAUUGUGAUAAGACUUUAAUGUGUGAAUGA